UCCGUGCCUUUCCGUACGGUCUUAUUUCCCUCAAACUGUUUCUCGGUUUUUCUUUUCUCUGUUCUGUGUCUAUUCAGAAAUAAUUAAUUAAAAAAUCGUGUUUUUUCCUCGGUUUUUUCUCAAUAUAUGAAAAAAUACGAAUAAAACCAAGGUUUUUUCUAAGAAGACAGGAAUGAUCGUGCCAAUGAUCAAUCAGAGAAGUUAGGAGCAGGCCGUUCGUCGACCCGCGGGACCUGUAACGCAGUUGGGUCUGUUAUAUGGUCUACGGGUCGAUGCAUCGCCGCUCUGGGUCCGCAGAAUCAUCGCUGUUCAACCCUGGGAUUUUGGGCCAUAUUGACACUUCGUAACAUGGCAGUCCAGACCUCGGGCUUCUCUCGACCGGUGGACAUGGAGCGUAUAGCCAAAUUCAAUUUUCAAAGGAGGUGACGGAGGUAGGAUGUCGUCUGUAGCAGUUGAGGAGGGUGACCUCAUCGACACCUCGUCGGAAGUCGUAGAUCUCGAUUUGCUGAACGAGGAGGAACUCCUUAGGACACCGCCCGGCGAAGAGGAGACAAAGAGGCUGGCACUUCUCCACCCCGCCGAGCCGAAGCCGACCCAGGGCUCGGAGAUCAACUCGACCAACGGCCUCGAGAUGAAGAUGAGCCUGGAACUGCCCGAGGAGGUGGACUCGACGACGAAAGAAGACGCCCUCGAGAUCAGCUCCAGUGGGGACGACCCGGUCACGUCGACCGAGGGUAAAGAAACAAAGACUGCAGGCGAAGCUGUGAUAGAGAAGACGAACGAGUGUCAGCCACUCGAGGAGAGCAUGUUCGAGCCGAUAAGUAUCAAAGUUUUUUCGAUGGGCAACAAGAACGAGGAGUUCACAAACCGCCAGAUGAACAAACUCCCUGAAAACCUGCUUUUGGAGUUCGACAAGGCAGAGAGAAAUGAGACGGACACGAACGGAGGAGAGGCGUACAAAUGCGUCAAGCAGAUACUCAACAGGAAGGGGCCUGAGAUGAGCUCGUUCGAGAAGCUCACUUCCAUUUCGGACGUCUCGAUCAUCCCCCUUGCCUCGGGGGACAAGGAGCCGGAUGGGAAAGAAGACGGAGCGAAGAAAGAGGAUAAGAUCAAGUGGAGCAUCAUGAAGAACAAAAAGGAGAUGAGGCCGAAGAGGGCGGUCGCGAUGCUGGUGCCGAAGCCGACCCCUCCACCCUGCCAACCGGAGCUACUGCACCCGCUCAAGAUACUCAGGGUGCCACAGUACGCGGAGGAGAAGAAGCAGGCGACAGCCUCCCUCAGACCUACUGCACUCGUCAACCCUUUUCCCCCUUUUCCAGCCGACACGGGGGUCAAGGCGUCCCAGAACGUAGAAGGACACUCGCCGACUGCAGUCGUGGCAGAUUCUUCCGCCAGGAUACUCAACGGCACCUCCGCACCCUCCGCACCCUGGCCCACCAACGAGGAAUCCGUCAAAGAGAAGAAGAGGUUGAUAUCUCCGAGGCCAAGCAAGCAGCAAAAGAACCGUCCGAUGCAGACCUCAAUCCUCGACUACACAAAACCGUUAAUGAGCCAGGUUGCGAAGGCGCCGCAGGCCGCUUCGAAAAGGCCAAAGAAGGCUCUCAAGACAGUGAUAGACCAGCUUGGCGCCAAGAAUGCCCAAGAAGCCAACAUGAUCCAGCAUCUGCUCAACGCCGCCCCACCAGAGACGAUAUGUGUCACGAACGCCCUUGGCGGAUCUGGCGGUGCCGUUUCAAUAGCCCAGGAGCCCAAGACAAUCACCGACCCGUCCGUCGUUGAUAGGCUCAAACGUCUCGGUACUGUAAUUGAACUUGAAGAGAACGCUGAGCUGAUCGAAAAAGAGACAAACUCUUUAGCGUUAUUGGAAAAGAUGACCAUAAACAAACCACAGUCACCUGUAAUAACCGCACUCGAAGACCGGCCUGUCUUUCAAAACAAAGACAUUUCGGUCUUCACCAACGUCCAUCAGGCCAAAAGGCCUCAACCGAUACCCGAGCCUGUCCUUCAGGUGACAUGCACGACUGUACAGAUGUCGACUCCAGAGCCAAACCUCCUGGAACCGGUUAUCGACAUCGUCGAAGACCUCUCCCUCUCCUACGACGGUAAAUUUGUCUUCAAAAUGGAAUCUUUCUUCGUAGAUCUUCCUAACGAGACGAAGGUCUAUUCCUGCGACAUAUGCUCCGCUGUCUACCAUCACUCACACAUGCUUAAAAAGCAUUACCUCAGGUUGCACAUCGCCCGUAAAUACAUACCGGACAGGGAGAUGGAAGUGUACAACAUACAGCCGGAGGCUGUACAGGAGGAGGCGGGCGAGAGGUUGCUGUUCAGGUGUCAUACGUGUCGCCAAUGCUUGCCGACGCGCAACGACCUCAAGUCACACUUAAUGGACCAUCCGCCGCUCACCGAACUCAGCAAGCAAGUCCGCGGCCUCAAAAACUACAAGUGCGAGUCGUGCAGUAUGACAUUCAAAUGGAGAAAGGUCUAUGUAAGGCAUAAGAAAACGUGUAAACCAGGUCAGAGGAAUGACGAAAGGAAAGAAGAUUCUCCUUCGUCCCCCAUUGCAAAGAAAGAAGAUGAAAACCCCGACCUGGUUAAAAUCAAAUCGGUUUAUAAUUUCUCAGACGAGGCGAGUAACAAUCCGACUACGAUUGUAGAGGAUGAACAGAAAAAGGAAAAAACAAAAUCCCCAACACCUGAUACGACUAUGAUCAUAGCUGCCAACUUACACCAUUGUUUAUACUGCAAUGAGACUUUCCUGACUGCUGGUAAAAAAAGAAACCAUAUACUCAGCGCCCAUCCGUAUUUACGACGCUCCCAUAAAUGCGCCUUUUGCAAGAAAGACUAUACGAGUAAUCAAAGCCUUUUUACCCAUCUUCUUGAUGACCAUCCGAUGAAGUAUUUCGGUUGUCUUUCCUGUAAAGAGCGUUUCUUGAAUUUGCCUGAACUCAAGAAGCACAUGGAUGUGAAACACAAUUUAGAGAAGGAUGAGAUGGCAUUGUUGUCAAGGCGUACGUCAUCCCUCAUACAGGAAAAAGAUCAUUUCUUAUGCGAUUCCUGCAGCAGAAUAUUCUUAAUUGAAGGCUGCUUCAAAGGUCACAAGUGCGUUCCUGAGAAACCGCCAAAGCCGCCUAAAAUUAAGAAAUCAAAGCCAUUCGAGAGGGUCGAGAAGACUGAAAAGAGGGUCGAUGCUGAGACCAUUUUUUACAGUCAGGUAUCGCUCAAUGUCAGGGAGAACCUGAUGCACCACCUCGACGGCAAAUUGGACACAACCGAAGACUCGGUAGAAAACGAGCCAAUGCCUCCGUCGCGCACUUUCCUCAACUUUUCCGCUGGUUUCAACCAGCGGCUUGCUGAAGAGCCAGAAGUCGUCAACAGGACCAAAGUGCCUUGGGAGAAGUACAGCUUUCCGAAAACUUAUGAUGGCCGAUGCGGUCUGACUUCGUAUAUAAAAGACAUGUCUUACCUCGACAUAUCGACACAGCUCAUUAUGCGUAAAAACCUGCAGAACCUUGAGUCGAGCCCUUCGAAAGAGCAGUUUGGGGAAGACGUUCCGACUGUGCUCGCCUUAGAGAGGCUGGGUGCCAAGUGCGCCGAGUCGUAUGGACAGGUCAAUGCUGAACAGGAGGAGCACACCCUAGGUGAGCUGAGCGGCGAGUGGGUCCGCGAUCGCACUUACAUAUGCAGUGUCUGCAAAUGGGAGACGCCUUGCCUGUGGACAAUGGAGGAUCACAAAUACGAGGCACAUCCUGGCAUACACUGCCCUCAGCAUGAAUUGGUCGGAGAUCAAAAAACGCUUUCAUACACCAUAUACACAAGAUUAGCACCGGUUGAGGCGCCGUUUAAAGGGCCGAGUCUCCCGACUCCGGAGCCCAUAGCCGAUAUCAAGUGUACAAAAUGUGGUGCCGAUGGAUUCCAGACAAGGGGCGAACUUCAUGUACACAUCCUCGCCUGCGCCGGAGUCGUGGUUCAGCCAUGGCUUCCGACCCCGAAGAAGAAGAAGUGGAAGAAGAAGCGGAGGGGGAGGCGAGGGCUGAAGAGGAACAUACCUUCGACGCCGCACCGGCCGGUGAAACUGCGCAGCAAACCUGGCGAUACUGAUUCAAUCCAGAAAAUGAUUGCCAACUUACCGCCUAAGAGGUUGACACGGCGAGUCGUCGGAUUUGAUGAAAUGGACUUGAAAACAAGGAGUCAGUCAACAAUUCAGAAUGUGCCACCACCGCCAACAGUGCAGAAACAGCAGCAACAAUUGCAGAAGGCGAAAGGCAACAAGAUUAGCCUUAAGCCAAAAGAAGAGAAGGAUCCGUCGAUCCCAGUGAAGGAGACAGAUCUGAUCGACACAUCCGCUGAACGAGGAGACGUCCUGUCGAGCCUUCGCAUGAUGCCGGUCACGACACCGCGUGAGGAGCUCCUUGAGCCGCGCCAGAUCCUGGACAAAGUCCUCGGCGUUAAGCGAGACGAGAACAGCCCCGGUCUGCCUUGUGCCGGCUGCGGUGAGGUGUUCGAGUCCAAGGUGUCACUCAGAAAACACCACAAAAGCUGCGCGUAUUUCCGCGAAUGCGGCCAAGUCACCGAACACAGGUGUAAGACUUGCUCUAGGUCGUUCUCCUAUCUGCUCGCCCUCAUCGAACACUCUUGCGACGAGAUGCCCAAGCUAGAAAUCGAAAAGGACAUGGCACCAGUCAAUUCAUCUGAGAUCCCCGUCCUUGUCCCAGAGGCGAAAAAGGUCGAUAAGAAAGAGGACACGGGUGACCUCAUCUGCGGCAUCUCCUUUGUAGAUGGGCUCAUCAAAUACGAGACUCUAUCGUCGAUUUCACAAGAGACUGACAAUCUACAGAGUGAUGACUCGUCCAGGUCGAAAAAACGAAAGGUAACCACCGAGGCUGACUCCAACAUCAAAAAGAGAAGGACAAGGAAGACCCUAGACAGUGGCAAAGUGCCCAAUGGCCCUGUGAGGCGGAGCCAGGUUGACAGGAACCUUGAUGAAAAGUCAGAACAGGAAGAAAGACAGAAAGACGAAGUUGAGAAUGAAAAACAAGACAGAAUGGAAGAAGAAGAAGAAGAAAAAGAGGAGGAGAAGGAGGAAGAAGAAGAAGAAAAGAAGAAAUUAGAGAUAAAGACUGAAAAGAAAAAAAAGACACAGAAGAAGAAACCAGCCAGGAAGAAAGAAGUCAGAAGGAGGGUUGAAGGUGAACCAAGUCAAAUGCCUGAUGGCGCCAAAACCAUAUCAAAGAAAAAGGAACAAAGAAAGACUGUAAAAGCAAUCGAUGAGAGUCAGAAGAAGAGAGGCCGGCCGUUUGGCGCCAAGACAAAGAGGAAAGGUGAACAGCCAGAAAGGAGGUCGGCGAGAAACAGCAGACAGAACGGCGAACCGACCUUAGAGACAGCGCAGCCAGUCGAGGCACAGGUCCAGCCCCUACCUCAGCCUGUUCUGACAGCCAUGCUGUAUAGUACAGAAGAUGAGAUCGUACCAUUUGAGGAGGUGCCUAAGCCCAGGCAGAGGCCCCUGUCACCCAAGCCUGUAGUAAAGAGGAAGCCUCGAAAACGCGAUGAGAGCCCAGACAGGACAACCAUAGUCGUACAAGUCGAAGUGCAUCCCGAGCCGGCCAAAAGAAAACAUGCUGAGGCAGAACCGGAUGAUGAUGACGUGAGGAAACGUGUCAAACUUGAAGAACAGACUGAAAUUAUAGAAGACACUGAUGCUGAUGGAGAUGCAGAAGUCGUGUCGUCACAGUUGCCCGAUGUGAUUAUCAAAGAAGAACCGUCCGAAGAUCCAACCGUCAUCGAAAUCAAAGAAGAGCCUCCCGACGAUGACGAUCGGCCUGACGACCCCGACGGACCCCAGUCGCAGGACAAGGCGAAACGGAAGAAAAAGCUUAAAAAGAAGAAAACCCUUAUUCAGAAAAUGAAAAUGCUCAAGAAGAAGCGCAAGGCGAAGAAGGCACAUGGGAGUGUCAAAGAGGUCGUGAAGAUCGCUGGCUUUUCGUGGGAGGUGUCAGAGCUAGCCAACAGCCCGCCGAAGCCGGAGCCGAGCUACGACUGGCCGCCGAGCGAUUCUUGGCUCCAGGUGCCGCCUUACAUCGAGCCCAGGCCGCCCAGCCCGUCCACUUCGUCGACGGCCCUUGCCAUCCCAUCGUUGCCCGUACUCGAGCAGCAGACGCCAAGCCUGGGCACAAUCAUAGACUCCGUAAACAAGCUGCUGAACGAGCCGGAGAGCACUUACCUACCCCUAGGGCUGCCCCAGUACAGCCUCGCCGACCUGCAGAGGGCGAUGGGCGCUUCAGACGCCGAAAUGGCAGUUCUACAACAGCUCGGCGAGGCGUCGUGUCUCCAGGAGGAAAUUGACGACAAAUCCACUUUGCAACUCCCUGAGGAGGAGUGGGGUGAGACUUGUAUCAUGGACCUUGACAACCAACCACAGCAGCAGCCGGUUGUUUCGAGCAGCGUGGUUGAACCGCAGAAUGAAGAGUCGCCUUCUGCCGUGCCCAAUUCCUUCUACAAGCCUCGCAACUUCCUCCGCGACGAGCCGAAGAAUCCUUUGUGUCGGCGUCCUCCUUCGCCAAGGCUCAGCUCGAGCACAUCGCUCCUCGCUGCCUACAACGGGAAGGAGGUCGUCUGCCCGUCCUGCUCGUCCCAUUUCAUGGGGUUCCAGGCGCUGCAGAAACACGUCAACACGGUGCACGCAAGCCAAGACACCGCACAUGGUGGAAAAAAGGGCCUGGCUGGAACUAAUAAAUUGGAUUUGACGGCAGCGUUGACGAGGAGAGUCGUGCUGAAUUCGGUGGGCUCACGCCUCGUCUGUUACGAGUGUCUUCAAAUCCUUCCGAGCAACAUAAUGUCGGCCCACCUCGAAAACGACCACCAGCUCGACCCGUCAGACAUAUCGAAGUGUUCAACCGUCUCGGGCGACCCUAUCAACGGGCCGGUCGGAGGCGAGAGGCUCAAGAGCAAGAUGUCAUCUGCACUUGGUGACCUUCUCGACAAGGCUGUGAACAACCUACUCUCUGCCAAAAUCAAACACGAAAACCCCCUGACGGGAGGCGCUGUGGAACUGCUUACCAGGCUAUGCUCUGUACGGAGGCGAGAAGGGACAGGGAAACACAGCACGAGAGAGUUAUUCAUGAGACUGAAAAUGGGUGAAAAACAAGAGCCGAACAUGGAUGACGUGUCACUCAAACCGACAGUGUCUCGACCCUUCAGCUGCACCAUUUGUGGACAGAAAUUUUCUCUGGCUUCGUCACGUAACAAACACGAAGUCUUGGCACACAGGACAUUCUGCCAGCACGAGGAAUUUUCCUCUGUCUAUAAUGAUUUUGAGGAGUACGAUAACGAUUGGAGGGAGGCACCAUCACCAACGGGGUCGACUAGCGAAGGAAACACAGAGCAUGAAUGGAACCCGACUUGUUCAGAUUGUGGCCUGAGUUUUACAACACUUCAUGAAUUGAUGAAGCACAGGAUUGAGGACCACAGCAGGAACCGGCGUCCAUCUAUCGAAGGCACGUCGUCCUCGUCUUCCUCGACCGCCCCGAUGUGCAGGACGCUUGAGCGUAGUGUCUCGCUCGACUCACCUCCCAUUGGCGAUUUGCUCCCGAAAGACAGGAGGCCUGCGGCGAAAAGGAGCCGAGGUCGUACGCAGAAGAAGGCGACAGUCGGUCCGAUGGUGAGGGCGAAAGCGGAGGCAGCCCUCCGCCAGCUCAACGUCCCCCGUAAGAAGCAGCUACCGGUUGUGUUGCAGUCUCCCCCUGCAGCAGGGGAAAUUUCAAACACCUGCAUACUUAAAAUGGAAAAAAAUGAAUAGAACUAGGGGGUAAACAAAGUUUUUUCUACGAGGGGGCCAAAAAAAAAACCUGAACAAAAAAACAGCAAAACUGCCUUUUAUUUUUCAACUUGGUAAAAUAAGAAUUUAUUAUAUAUAUUUAAACAAUUUUUGUUUGGCUGUAAAUAAUAUCUAAUGUAUAUAAUUAUUAUUAAACAAAAACUUUAUUAAGGAAAAUAAUUAAAAUUUUUUGGAUUUUGGGUCUUUUCGCAUUUUUAAUUAUUUUAAUGUUAUAAAUACUGAAUGAUAGUAGUAUAUAUAUGUGUUAUUAUAAAUUGUGUUAAGAAAAAAAUUAUUAUUAUUAUUUUUUUUUUAACAACGGCUGUGAAAGCUUUGUAGUUAAUUUUGUAAGUACUAGUCUAGAAAAACGGCAAAAAAAUUCCACCCACUCCCCCAUACGGUUAUUAAUGUUAAAACAAAAUCGGAUCUCAAUCUCGUUAAAAAAAAAUUAAUUAUUAGACUAGUCGAGUAUCGGAGGGCGUACGCUGAGAGGAAAAUAAAAAA